CCUGGCUUUACCAUGAACCUGAAUAAUGGACAACAGCCGCUGCACAAGAGACUCAAAGCAAUUAAAACCUUGAAACAAACACAGGGGCAGUUUAAAAAGCUGCAAUCAGCUGUGGACUUCUGUGCGUGUGUGUGCAGACGGAGAAUGGUGAGAUGAAGGAAUCAGAGAGCCGAACCCCCCCACCCAGAUCCAGCUCAGGAAACUCCAGGCCCUCUGCUCUUCCUCUGCGCUGACGGCACUUAAUCACACUCGUAGCACUGUAAUAGACUCCUCAUCCACUCUCACGCCUCGCCCCUUUAUCUUCCCCUUCUCCUUCUCCUCCUCCUCCUCCUCAUACAAUUUGCUGUCCUCUGUCAGAGUGAUGUAGAGUCACGAGAAUGGGGAAACACCUUCCAAGGAGAAAACACACAUGCACAAGUGCCUUCUCACAACACACACACAUAUACACACACACACAUGCACACAGAGCUCCUUCAGUGCUGAAUGGUGAAACAACUUGUGCUGCAUGAACUUGGACAGCAACAUUUCUCCAAACUGAAGUGUUCAAAUGGCUUGAAGGGGAAGGAAAUGGACACGCAAUCAUCCGUGCCUGAACCCUGACCUUGGAGGCAUCGCAGAGCGAGCAGAAGAGGAAGAAAAAGAAGGAGUCUCGAUAUUUCUCUAUCAGCUGAUUUCUAGAAUUUUAACAUGGGAUGAGCUCCUGACUCCAGUGAGUUAAGUUGUAUCCUGACUGAGAUCCCGACCAGAUCUGGACCUGUGAGCUGGGACCCUUUAACCCUGGAGGGGCAGGGAGAAGGACGGGGAGAAAAUGCGGUGCACUACCCUCACCACCCUGCUGGUGGGAGUCAUGUUGUACCUGGUGAUGGGAGCGUUUGUUUUUGUCACCCUGGAAAAGCCCAAAGAGACCUUGGCACAUGAAAAGCUGCUUCAAACCAAGAAAGAUUUCCUCACUAAUAACUCCUGCGUCACCGAGUCGGACUUUCACAAGCUUGUAAAGGGUUUGAUGUCUGCAGUCGAGGCAGGCCUGGAUGUGAGCAGAGUUCCUGCCAACUUGACCACCCGCUGGGACAUCGCGUCUGCCUGCUUCUUCUGUGGCACCAUCAUCACCACCAUAGGCUUUGGGAACCUCUCACCUCGGACGUGGUAUGGCCAGUUGUUCUGCGUGUGCUACGCUUUGGUGGGCAUCCCCAUGUUUGGCAUACUUCUCGCUGGAGUGGGCGACCACAUGGGCAGGGUGCUGCGGAGAGCUGUGGCCAAGAUUGAGACCCUCUUCCUGGUGAGAAUGAAACGCAAGGUCGGGCCCACGACUGUGCGUGUGACCUCAGCGGUUCUCUCCAUCCUAAUUGGCUGUCUGAUCUUCCUCGCUGUGCCGACGGUCGUGUUUCAGAAAGUGGAAGACUGGUCGUUUUUGGAGUCGCUCUAUUUUGUGGUCAUCACGCUCACCACUGUUGGCUUUGGAGACUAUGUACCAGUUGGAGGUAUUGAAGACGACAGCUUCUUCAAGCUCCUGGUGUUGUUGUGGAUCGUGUUUGGUCUUGCCUACUUUGCCUCCAUCCUCACCAUGAUAGGCAACUGGCUGAGGGUGCUGUCUAAAAGGACUCGUGCUGAGAUGGAGGAGCUGAGGGCCCACGCAACAGACUGGACGCAGAGCAUGUCCAAGGAUUUCCGCAUCCCAAAUCCUCUGGAAUUUAAUGACCCCUUCCUCCUGCAGCGGCGGCGCUGGAAACGCAGCGAGCGCCGACGCAUCCGCCGGGGAGCCCAGGGUACGCUGGGAUACAGGGUACGAGGGGGACCUGAGAAUGGACAUCUGCCAAGGCAGUGGGCUGGCCUGUCGAGCUCCAUGAGGGAGCUGCAGGACAAUUCGUCCGUGGAGAGGGCGAGGGGAACUAACUCAAAGGCACAGGUGAGUGUGGCUGGAGGGGGAACAGUCCCCAUAGCAGCAGCAGGGUACAGGGUUGACUCUGCUGGGGGUCUGCAAGGGAUGGGCAGGUCAUUUCCUCACCACCUGUCCCGCUCAUUCUCCCUCCCCGUGACCCGCUCCGUUUCACAGCUGGAUGUUGUAGGGGCAUGUAUGCAGGAAGGGUCACUCUCUGGAUCAGAGUCUGCAUUCGACUCUAGGUCAGAUGGCUCCUCAGUCUCCUUCUCCUACAUGGCACCCCACAAGUUCCAGCCGUGCCGAACCAUCAGCAGCAUGGAGGAGGGAUCAGUAAGACUUGCACAUAUGGACACAUCAGAGAGGAAAGAUGAACUGAUUCCAGUAGAGAACUGUGAAUCUGCACCAAAUAAUAGCCACAAUCAGGCACCUGACCCUAGUCCUUCUUCUCGCUCCUCCCCUGUGCCCACAUCCCUACCCGAAGUCCUCCUUCCCUCCCCUGACAUCACCACAGCCCCCUCACCAAGCUGCCAGCUGCUCGACUUCUUCGGCGAGAACUUGGCAUACAUUGACGAGUCCUCCGACACCCUGAGCGACCGCCCCCACUCCACGAGCGAGGAGAAGAGGAGACGGCCCCGAAAGCCUAAGAAGAAGAGCAUAAGGAGACAGCUAUCACACAGGUGGAGCUCGCUGCAGGUGAGGAGGCCCAGCAGUGACAUGCAGCCACCAUCCCAUCCUCCUACACCACCUCCAGCAUCCUCUCUUUCAGACCUGUCUCUACCUGAGAACCAGACAGAUGCAGCUCCUGCACUCUGACAAAAACCAGAUGUGACAGCCGACAUCACAGCUGUGGGUCUACACUGCUGCUAGCUAGAAGAAACACGCCUCAUGAAUACAGCUGUUGUUCGGGGGGGGGGGGGUUCGUUUUUUUUUUGGUGUUUAUAGUUAGCCUCACAAAACCACCUCACCAAUAUUGCUUUGUUACUUUAGUGUGACUAAAACGAUAUAAGCUGGGUUUGAGUUUCCAGGACGCUCUGACAAAGAGAUAAAUCUGCCUUUCAGUGAGGCUAAUCGUGCAACUUUAAGUGGACCGCUCCUCUUGUAAACAAGGUUCAGGACUGAGUGAGUCACAUCAUUACCAAGAUGUCAUUAAACAUAAUUAUCUGCUUUGUUUUGAGCUGCUGAGCUCAGUCAAUUCUCGGCACUGACUUGACACUAAAUCUGAGAUUUAAUCUGGCUUUGUGAGGCUAACUUUUGAGGAGUGACUAUAAGCUUUAAAUUCAGUGCAGGGUUUACACACAGCAAUUUACAGAAGCUGUCAGCCGCCUCGCCUGAAAAAAGACCACUUCCGUUAACAUAAGAAAAAAAUCUUUUUAUGAAAUGCAACCUUAAAAGGGAAAGACAUCCGGGGAUGUGUUUUGAACAGUAAACGACAUGUAUUUAAAGUGUGUGAGGUCGUCAUGUGCUAACUAAAUUGAUCAAAAGACAAGAUGCGUCAGGAUCUGGGUGGCUUACCACCGCGACUUGAAAAAAAAUUCCCGGGUGAAAACCCUGCCGUGGGUGGAAAACCAAAACCACAACAACAGCACAUCCGAUUCAGAGCACGGCAGGACCAUUAUUCUUCAUCAGAACAGCACCAGUGCACCAUGGUGUGCUGUCAUUCAGGUCCUUAAGUUGUCAGUCGUUUUAGGGAUGACGGAAAGUGACUACUAAAGGUUCUCCUGACUAUUUUGUGUUUAAAAAGGGUUAUAAAAGAAAAUCAGAUGAUUAAACCUGAUACAGUCACACCAAAGUUAUUUAAGCUAAGUUUGUGCUGCGUACCAACUUUGCAAUCAAGUGUCCUUAAAUCACUGUUGGUAAUAUUCUGCUUGUGUCCACUUUUCCACUUGACAAAUACAGUUUUUUGUUUUGUUUUUAGGUUUAAUUAUUUUUCUGAACAAUAACAAGUUUUAUAUCCUGUGUAAUAACCUUUCAUGUCCCAUUUUUUUGCCAGUUGAUAUCUCAGAUGUAUCUUAAAGUGACCCAUUAAAGAGACCUUUAUUACACACUGUUA